GUUGUCCCACUCAUCACAAUGAAAGUCGUAGCGCUUAUCAGCGGAGGCAAGGACAGCUGCUACAACAUGAUGCAGUGUGUGUCGGAAGGACAUGACAUCGUAGCACUUGCUAACCUACAACCCAAGGACAGAGAUGAGCUGGAUAGUUACAUGUACCAGACUGUGGGCCACCAUGCAGUGGAGAUGUAUGCCGAGGCAAUGUCCCUCCCUCUCUAUAGGAGGGUCAUAGAGGGCUCCUCCAAGCAGAUUGGGAAAUACUACUCCCCUACAACUGAUGAUGAGGUGGAAGACCUAUACGAGCUUCUUAAAACGGUGAAGACAGAGACUUGUAUUGAGGGUGUGUCUGUGGGCGCUAUUUUGUCUGACUACCAGAGGGUGCGAGUGGAGAAUAUCUGCCAGAGACUGGGUCUGACAUCUCUUGGGUUUCUAUGGAGACGGAAUCAAAAAGAGCUGAUGAAGGAAAUGAUUGACUGUCAUGUAGAGUCUAUCAUCAUCAAAGUGGCGGCACUCGGUUUAGAUCCACAGAAGCACCUGGGAAAGUCUUUAGCUGACAUCUACCCACACAUGCUGAAAAUGGAAAGUGACUAUGGCCUCCACGUCUGUGGAGAGGGAGGCGAGUUUGAGACCUUCACCCUUGAUUGCCCCUUGUUCAAGAAGAAGCUAGUUGUAGAUCAGACUGAAACUGUCAUUCAUUCUGAAGAUGCAUUUGCACCAGUCGGCUACCUCAAUCUCAAGAAAAUCCACCUUGAAGAUAAACCUUGUUUGGGACAGUCAGACAGGGAGUACCUUCAUUCCCUGCCAAUGACCCGUGGUUGUGACCUUCUAUCGGAACUCUUCACAGAGGAAGAGAGACAAGAGUUUUCAGAAAUACCCCCCUGUCCAUCCCAAAUAAGCAAGCAAUCAACGGACAGUAUUUAUGACAGUAUUGAGGUGCAGACAUAUGUAUGUCAGAAGUGGUUUUAUGUCACGGGUCUGGUUGCCAUGGCAAUUGAUGGAGAGUGUAUAGAGGAUGUCACUCGAAAAAUCAUGAACAAACUGAAGGAGUCUGUUGAGAAACUUGGAAAGAACAUGGCUGACCUGGUGUCUGUGUGUCUGUACGUCCAGAACAUGGCUGACUUUGCCUGAGUCAACUCGGUGUACAAAACCUACUUCACCAUCAACCCCCCAGUCAGGGUCUGUGUCCAGGCAUCUAAUCCAGUGAAUGCUGCACUGAUUCUUGACUGUCAUGGAUAUGUUUCUGAGGGAGAUGAUGACGUUAAGGACACCAUGCAUGUUCAGAGCAUCUCACACUGGGCGUCUGCAAACAUCGGCCCAUACAGUCAGGCAGUUCAUGUACAGGACAGAAUAGCUGUGGCUGGUCAGAUCGCCCUUUGUCCAUCUUCCUUGACCAUCAUCCCAGGUGGAAUUGUGCCCGAGUGUCGACUUUCCCUCCGCCAUGUCAGAAGAGUUCUCGCAGCAAUGCAUCCUGGAUACAGACUGUCCCAUGUAACAAACGCCAUAUGCUAUGUUACAUCGACUGAAUUCAUUCCUGUGGCAAGGAGAGAGUGGAGACAGGCUGUCAGCAAAACACAGGUAACUGAGCGGGGAUAUGGGGAGGAGGUGAGUGAUCAUGAACCAAUGCUGGGGUUUGUGGUGGUUCCCCGUCUGCCGCGAGACGCUGUGGUGGAGUGGCAGGUGCAGGUAUACACAGGGUCAACACUCCUCACAGAUGGAAGUAAAUCCAUACUUCAAGAUAACCGAACGAAAAUAUCAGUGGAUUAUUGUUUCAGUAAUACAGAAAAACACUUCUUCUCUUCAAAGGCAACAAUAGUGGGAGGUGAGAGGGGCAUGUCAGCCCUCCGACAGAGUGUAGCUGAACUGUUGAGGCUGUACACCACAAUGCUGACAGAUCUGCAUCUCAGCUGGGAGGUUGUAUCCAUGUUGAGAGUUUUCUUCCCCGACACCCUGGGGCCAUACACGACAAUAUCAUCAGUAUUACUGGAGGCCCUGCAGGGUGUUUGUGCCCCGGCCCCUGUGUUGUCACUUGUGCCGGUGUCAGCUCUACCCACCGAGGACUGUCUACUGUAUGCAUUCUGCUGACACAUUCUGCAGGAAAACACAGCAGUCACCAGCACCACCAGAUACAGUUCCUGACACUUGGACAAAACACAGUUUUAGCAACACCCUAAGCAAGUGACACAAUGGUGGAGUCUUCAACUUCCGAGGACACCUUGUUCGACACUUGGACACAACACCCUAAGCAAGUGACACAAUGGUGGAGGUUGCACCUUUCUACGAAACCAUGUUUGACACUUGGACAAAACAGAGUUUUAAGGAACCCUCUAAGCAAGUGACGCAAUGGUGCAGUAUUGUGUAGAUUCAGUGUUUUACCAUUGUGAUGUCAUAGCAUUGAACACAUUGAUUUUGGUAUUGUGAUGCUACCAUGAAUGAGUGAGCGAGUAUGGUUUACGCUGCUUUUAGCAAUAUUCCAGCAAUAUCACAGCAGGGUACACCAGAAAUGGGCUACACACAUUGUACCCAUGUGGGGAAUCGAACCCAGGUCUUCGGCAUGUCGAGCGAACGCUUUAACCACUAGGCUACCCCUCCGCCCCAUGAAACCAGUAUCAUGUAGAUGAACAUGGAUAAAAUGUCAGACAUAUAUGACCUACCGAAUGAAAACACUCUAUGGCGUCAGUGUGGUCAUGGCUGUCUUCUGUCAGCACCUGUGUUGUGUAUAUUAUAUCAUAUGAUGCCAAACAUUAAAGUCAUGUCUGGAAGUCUGUGACUAUGUCCUAACCUCAGAUCCCUGCAUCAGUUGCAGACAUUAACAUCAUUCUGUUACAAGAUUAUCCAGGUUAGAAUUGAUCUUCAGUAACCCAUGCUUGUUGCAAGAGGCGACUAACGGAUCGGGUGGUGAGGCUCGCUGACUUGUCAUUGUAUCACAAUUGCAUAGAUCGAUGGAUUGUCUGGUCCAGACUUGAUUAUUUACAGACCGCUGCCAUAUUGCUGAGUGCUGCAUAAAGCUAAACUCACUCACACACUCACUACAGCUGUGGUAUAAAACAGCAUCAACUCACUCAAACUGACAACAAGACUAAACAAUAGUUUGAAAAUCUGAUCCUUUAUUUGGUCUGUGUAGAAUAUGUACAAAUGUACAUAGCCAUCACAUACUGGCAUUGCCAGUUAACUCUGCUGUCAGACAGCCAGACAGCGAGUUGACUGGCCUGUCAGACAGCCAGACAGCGAGUUGACUGGCCUGUCAGACAGCCAGACAGCGAGUUGACUGGCCUGUCAGACAGCCAGACAGCGAGUUGACUGGCCUGUCAGACAGCCAGACAGCGAGUUGACUGGCCUGACAGACAUAUUGCACUGGCUACUGAGAACUUGAUUAGCAAUGAUGUCAUCUGUAUAUCACAUCAAAAAAAGAACUGAUGUCAUAAAUUUCAAAACAUGUUGGCCACAAAAUAUUUCCAUAUACUCAACAUGUUUAACUUCUGAAAUAUCGAUGAUCUUGAUUUAUGAUGAACAUGUAGACUCGUCAACAACUAACGAUCGAACUCGUUAUCUUAAGGUGAGGUCUAAAUGGUAUUACAGAUGAAGUCAUUGCUAGAUAUAACCUUAUAUGUAAUGAUUUAACAAAAUUUGGAGUUGACAACAAUGUCAUGAUUUUAAGUAAUAAAUGUGAAAAAUGGAAGCCUUC